AUGCCUCGGUGGGGCUCNUUAAAAAUAAUGAAGUGGCGGCAGCUUUUCUGGGUCGCGUUCUGUGUCGUGGAGCUGUCCGGCAGAGCCUCGGGGAGCUCCACAGAUGCCCCCACACCAACGGCCGCAGCCACGGACAAGGAAGGCGCCAGCAGCGCUGCAGCCACCAGAGGCCCCAGAGAUCCCAGCAGUGCCCAGCCGACGCCAGAGACGUCCGCUGUGACCAGGUCCCUGGCAUCCACCCCCACCUCCAGGGGGCUCAGCGGUGAGCAGACAAGCCCGCAGCCCACCCAAGCCCCCACACUGUCGCUGGGCACCCCCUUGGAGCAUGACCACACGAGCCAAGAGGUCCUCACAACCCAGAGCCCAGAGACGCCACCCAGCACGGCCGCAGAAACCCCUGGGUCCACGUCAGCUCUGAGGAGCUCCCCUGCCACCUUGGGGCAUCCUCACGUCUCAGGUGCCACCACACAACUGCACACAGCCGGGGACAGCCCGAAGCCCAUCACAUGCCACAACGUCAAAGAAGUGAGCGACACUGGGGCCAUCUGCCUGCAGCUCAAUGAGUCCAGCACUUGCAAACACUUUUUAGAGAUGAAGGGAGCGCAGUUAUGGAGAGCAAUAUGUGAAGAUAGCGCCCGCCAUGUUCCCUCCCCCUGCCAGAUUAAGCUCGCUAAAUCCGAGGUGGACCAUGACUGCAUGCUCCUCAUCCUGGUCGGCGAGAGAGAUCCUGCUACAGACGUGCUCCAGGAGUCUCACUGGGAAAAGUUUGGAAUAAAAUCCCUUAAAAGGGGGAGUGUGAGGAGCCACCAGGACUUUUCUCAGAAGACGCUGAUCGCCUUGGUCACAUCUGGGCUGCUGCUGGCCUUCCUGGGCUUGGCCGGCUACUACCUGAUGAAGCGGCGGAGCUGGAGCCCGGCGGGCGAGCGGCUGGCUGAAGACCCGUAUUACACGGAAAACGGCAGCCAGGGCAACACGAUGCUGAUGACGGCUCCCCAAGAGCACCCUGAGCUGCAGGAGAAGCCAAAUCUCAACGGUGGGACUCAGGAGAAUGGCACCGGCCAGGCCUCCUCCAAAAACGGCCACUCGGGCCGGCAGCACAGCCCUGCCAACUCCGAAAUGUGA